AUGAAAGUAAUAAUUAAUUAUAAUGAAUUAGAAUUGCAAUAUUCCUGAUCAUGAGACAGAUGUGGAAUUCCUUUGCACAAAUGAAUAAUGCAAAGAUUUUAGAGUAUUUUGUUUUAAGUGUUUACAAAAUGAAAAACAUAAUACUCAUAUAAAAGAUGUUUAGAAGAUAAAAGACUUUGGAAGAUAAUAAAUAAAUAAAAGUGAUGAAGAUUUAAUUUUUGAUUUAGAGAAAAUGAUUGAUCACAUUUAUUAAUUGUUUUUUACACUAAAGGAAGAAUUAAAAUUUGGUUGUUAGAUAAGUGAGGAAGAGUUAAACGGAUUGAAUUUAAAUCAAUUGAAUGAUUUGCUUUGCUCAAAGAUAAAGUUUAGAAAAGAGAAACAAUCUCUAAUAUCAAUGAUUUCCAAGAGUGCAGAAUAUAUGAUAGAGACAAUCUAUACUGGUCUUAAUGAAUUUUCAUAGCAAUAGUUUGAUCGUCCAGGCAAAAAAGUUAAAUAGGAGAUUAAGACUUUAAAAUAUGAAUUGAUUGAUACAAUCCAGGAUGAAUAAAUAAAUUCAUUUGCUUUUAAUUAAGAUGCUUCUCUGAUGGUAGGAGGAUAUGAGUCAAGCAAAAUAUAAGUCUUUGAAUUUAAAAAAGGAUAAUUAAAGAUGAUAUAAUAGCUGAAUUUUCACAAGAAAAGUAUCUAUUGUCAAUAUUUUAUGAAAAAAUCAGAUGGAUUUUUAUCUGGAAGUUGUGACAAGACUAUCUCUAUUUGUUAUCUAAACGAUAAUUAAAAAUGGGAUAUAAAACAAAGAUUAGAAGGUCAUUAAGGAGGAAUAAAUUGUUUAUUGAUGAAUCGAAAUGAAGAUCUUUUAAUAUCAAGUAGCGAUGAUAUGCUUAUCAAAUUUUGGAUAAAAGAUAAUGAUUUAUGGGAAUGUUCUUAAACAAUAGGAGGACAUUCUAGUUUUGUAAGUUCUAUAAGUUUAAAUACAACUGAAAAUCAAUUAGUUUCUUGUUCAAAAGACAGCUAAAUAUUAAUCCAUUAAUAUGAUUAAGAAUAGAAGAUGUGGAUUGUAUUUUAAAUAAUAAAAAUUAAAUAAUGGGGCNUACAAUACAAGGCUUUAAUUUAAAUUUUAGUAAUGUUAUGA